AAGUUUUUUUUAAGUUAUACCUCAAAUUUUACAAUAGUUUUCUUUAAAAUAAAAAAAGAUUAACAUAUUACAGUUUAAAAAAAAUGAUUGUUUCUCCGGAGAGUACACAACAAAGUGACGAAGAAAGUACUAGCUCUAGAGGUACGAAAAGAAAAUUUAGUCGUACCAGACGUGAUCGUUCAAUUCGCAGUAUUGAACUAAUUCGUUUCUGCAAUGAAACUGCUGAAAACAUACGUGUGAAAACGUUAGAGAGCACUGAAACACCCUGUGUUACGAGUGAACUUAGUUGCAGUUUUAAAAAUAAUGUUAAAUGUACUUUUGGAAUAACUCACACAGGAAGACGUACCUUUGAAACCUAUUAUUAUGACGAUGCAUUGAAAUUUAAAAGUACAUGUUCAAUUGAGAAACUUGCUGAAAGAGGUAAUGCUUUAUGGAUUCCAGAUAUGCACGAAAAUCUUCCUGAGUAUCUUUUGGCUGCUAGUGAUAAUUUAUAUUUAUAUGAAAAUAUCGAUUCUAUUUUAAUUCCUAGAGGAUAUUUUCGAAACGUUCGUCGAAAUAAUCCAAUAAUAUCCUGUGGAUGGUGUAGUCAGGAUCCUCAAUAUGUAUGCAGUGUGCAGUUGAAUGGUGCAUGUAGUAUAUUUUCACUAGGUAGAAAAGAUAAAGUUAUUACAUUCAACAUACAAAAUUUUCAUAAUCCAAAUUGGAAUAUCGUUGACACGAACGUAGGAAUGUGUUUUUUUCAAGGUAGUUCGAACCAUUCCUUUGUGACAUAUAAUGACAAGACAGUAAAUUUUCUAAAUGACAUAAGAUGUCCUGAAAAUUCUUACGUACACAAUUUCGAGAAUCCGAUUUUUAGUGUCAAAAGUUCACUUCGUAGUCCUUGGCUUGUUGCAUGUGCCGAAAGAAAAACUAUUUCAAUUAUGGAUGUUAGAUUUUCAAAUCGAGUUUGUUUUUCAAUGGGUUCAACUGAUCCAUCUCAUAAUGCAACUUGCUUUUCGUGGUCAUUGCACGGAGAUAUUGCAAUUGGAACUGAACAAGGAAAAUUCAUAUUUUGGAGUCCAGAAAAGAAUGAAAUUCAAAAAGUCUAUGACAGCAAUUCCGGAUAUAUAUACUCUCUGGAAUAUCAUCGUAGUGCAACAGACAUUUUGUUUGUUUGCCAUUAAUGUGCCUAAUACCUAUUUUAUUCUAAAAUGUAACUGUAAUUUCAUAUUCUUGCAUAUUGUUUAAAACUUUUUACUGGAAAAUUAUUUUUUAUUAAAGUUAUA